AUGUCUGAUCCCAAAGGCUUGCACGAGGAGGCUGAACACCCCCGCUCCGUCUCCCUGAAAACUACCGACGAUGUCAACCGCAUUGAGGCCCCCGUGACAUGGAAGGCGUACUUGAUGUGCGCCUUUGCUUCAUUCGGUGGGAUCUUCUUCGGUUAUGACUCUGGUUACAUCAAUGGAGUACUUGGAGCAGAUAUCUUCAUCCGGGCAGUCGAAGGCCCGACUGAAGAUGCUCUCAGCUCCUCGCACCAAUCACUCAUCGUCUCGAUCCUAUCCGCUGGCACCUUCUUCGGAGCUCUCAUUGGUGGAGACAUGGCAGACUUCAUCGGUCGAAAGUGGACCGUUAUCAUGGGCUGUAUGAUCUAUAUGUUUGGUGUCAUCAUCCAGAUGAUCACCGGAGAGGGUGAUGCCCUGGCUGCCAUAGUGGCUGGACGUCUCAUCGCCGGUAUUGGAGUCGGAUUCGAAAGUGCGAUUGUGAUCCUCUACAUGAGUGAAAUCUGCCCCAGAAAAGUCCGGGGAGCUCUCGUGGCUGGCUAUCAAUUCUGCAUUACCAUCGGCAUCAUGCUUGCUUCUAUUGUUGUAUACGCAACCGAGGACCGCCAGGACACCGGCUCUUAUAGGAUCCCCAUCGCCAUCCAGUUCGCAUGGGCCAUUAUCUUGGCUGGUGGCCUCUUUACCCUACCUGACUCGCCGCGCUAUUUUGUCAAAAAGGGCCGACUCGAAGACGCCGCCAUCUCGCUAUCGAAGCUCCGCGGCCAGCCACGAGACUCCGACUAUGUGCAAAUCGAGCUGGCUGAGAUCGUCGCCAAUGAGGAAUAUGAGCGCUCUAUUAUCCCCUCUAGCGGCUGGUUUUCCAGCUGGGCGAAUUGCUUCAAGGGAGGCUUAUGGGCCCAGAAAUCGAACUUGCGGAGAACCAUCUUGGGCACCUCUCUUCAGAUGAUGCAACAAUGGACUGGUGUGAACUUCAUCUUCUACUACUCGACCCCUUUCCUGCAGAGCACAGGAGCGAUCGACAACACGUUCCUCAUUUCACUCAUCUUCACCUUGGUCAAUGUAUGUAGCACACCGCUUUCAUUCUAUACGGUUGAGAAGUUUGGGCGUCGUCCGCUCUUGAUCUGGGGGGCACUGGGCAUGUUGAUCUGCCAGUUCCUCGUCGCCAUCGUCGGUGUGACCGUUGGGUUCAACCACACGCACCCGGACCCGGCCGAUGCAGAUCUCAGUCUCGCGAAUAAUGUGCCUGCCGUCAACGCCCAGAUCGCCUUCAUUGCGAUCUUCAUCUUCUUCUUCGCAUCCACAUGGGGACCUGGGGCAUGGAUCGUGAUCGGGGAGAUUUUUCCUCUGCCGAUUCGCUCUCGGGGCGUUGCGUUGUCCACAGCGUCGAAUUGGCUGUGGAAUACGAUCAUCGCCGUCAUCACGCCCUACAUGGUCGGAGAAGAACACGGCGAUCUCAAAUCCUCCGUCUUCUUCGUCUGGGGCGGCCUUUGCACGGCUGCGUUCGUCUACGCAUACUUCCUGGUGCCCGAGACAAAGGGUCUCACCCUCGAACAGGUCGAUAAGAUGAUGGAAGAAUCAACGCCGCGCACCUCGAGGAAGUGGAGGCCGACCACCACUUUCGCACAGGGCAGGGCCAGGGACGGGGUGUUGGAGAAGGAUCUCAUUGACGAUGUCGCGCGACGGGGUUCUGCGUUCUAAGGAGGAGGUUCUAUUAGCACCGACGAUGGCUCUUAGCUCAUCACUCAAGGGCGAGGAGUUGGGGGCAGCGUUAGUGAAGGGCGAGCCAAUGGACUCGAAAUCUCUUGUUACAGAAUGCAUGUUGAAGCUGAAGCUGUACUCGUUUAACACGAAAGAGUCAGUGUCGCUGGGUGUUGUCAGAUGAUAAGUCCGCAGCUGGAACUCCGCGCAGGC